GGAUGGGACGUCUGCAGGGGCGGAUACGUGUGUGCGUGUGCGUGUGUGUGUAGAGAGAAACAAAAGAGGAUUGCCUGAGACCAGUGUGUACAAACAUCUGCUCUGCACAUUCAGCGCUCCUCAGACGUGUUGUGCCAAAAACAGGGCAAAAAAAAAAGUUGUCAGAAACCCAAGCGUUCUGGCUGAUUGUUUACAGUCAGAAGCAGGAGCAGUGGCAUUUAAGAAGUUCAAGGAAACGUACAAGGAGUGGAUCUACAGUAGAGAUGGAGUUGUUUUCAGCUGUGUGGCUUUGCCUUCACCUCGUUAUAGCUGUUGAAGCUAACAGUGAAUCCCGCACCAACCCGCUCAGUGUCUCAGUGCCCUACACCUCCUACAUGUGCCCGGAAGGUGCCAAUGUCACGAUGGUGUGUGAACAGUCCGGCGCUCUGGAGCAUUCAAAUGACCGAUUGCAGCACGUCUGGCUCUUCACACCGCACAUGGACCAGCGGUGUCACGAGCGCCUGCAUUCGCAACCCAGCAACCCUGUAGUGUACAAUGCCCAGGCCAAGUCUUUCAGUGUCACCCUGCUGGGUGUGACAUACGCCAAUCAAGGACGCUACUGCUGCCUCGCACUGGACAUACUGCAGGAAGGCAAGCACAAGCCGAGCGUGCAGCAGCGGGCAUUCAGCCACGUGAUGCUCACCGUCACGCCACGUCGCAACAACAGUCUGAAGUGCACAGAGCUGUUGGCGCCACUUCCCCAAGGGACGGUGGCUGCAGGUCUGGCUACUGCGGCAUGCAUUAUGGGUAUUUUGUGUCUGCCUGUCUUACUGGUCCUGGUGUACCGCCAAAGACAAAGAACUCACAGCAGCCGACGUGCACACGAGCUAGUUCGCAUGGACAGUGAAGCCCAAGGCCAUGAGAACCCCGUGUACAUGGGAUCUCCGCAGCCUCCAUCUCGCACCGUGGCUCAGAUUCUGACGCGGCAGACGUCUGAAACAGGACGCCACCUUCUGUCCGACCCUGGCACCCCCUUUAGCCCAAACCCACAGGGAGACGUGUUUUUCCCUGCGCACGAGCCCAUCCCUGAGUCCCCCGACUUCUAGCCAUUGUAGGAUGGAGAGACGCUGCCUUUCUCAGCGCCCUGAAAUGCCCUGCACUUUUCUUUCUGUCUGUCUUCUCUGCCUCCCUCCGUCCUCCCUGCUUUCUCUGCCCAGAAAGACAAGGAGAGAACAAACUCCCAUCUUCUCCUUCUCCCCACACACACACACACACACACACACACACACACACACACACACUUUUCACCUGUAUCAACAGCCAGGGGCCAGGAGGAGCUCAUCUCAUUUUGUGUUAGGGGAGGGAGGGUGCUUUUUCACAGACAGACUGGAACGUUCCAUGACCCAGGAGAACAGUGGUCGGUUUCAAAAAGAGGAGUUACUUCACCCACUCAUGAGCAGAAGCACUGAAAGGACACACUAGCUCAUGCGUUAAGUUUUUUUUCUUCUUGCCUCAUCUUUUUUUCUGAACUUUGAGACGGGAACUGCUGCGUCGCCUAUCGGUCUCCAUUUGUCUGGCGCUUUUUGUGUAGCACAUUAUGUACAUGAUGGGUCAGUGUGUCAGAGAUCACCAGCUUGUAAUGGGUAUCUUUACCAAGCUACAAUGACUGCCAAAGAAGACUCAAAACGUUCACUUAGCUUUAAGAUAUUGAAUGAAUAUUUUGGGGGUUUAUAAAGUUAUAUUAUGUGAGUGAGUGAGUGAGUGAGUGAGUGAGUGAGUGAGUGAGAUAGAUAGAUAGAUAGAUAGAUAGAUAGAUAGAUAGAUAGAUAGAUAGAUAGAUAGAUAGAUAGAUAGAUAGAUAGAUUGAUUGAUUGAUUGAUUGAUUGAUUGAUUGAUUCGAUCUUCAGCUGGGCCUGAAUCAAAUUUCUAACAAUAAAAAGGUAUAUUGUGUGGAUGGGUGGAAAGAUUAUUGCUAGAUAUAUACAGUACUGUACAAAAGUCUUAAACGCAUGUAAAGAAACACUGGAGACCAAAAAUGGCUGAAAAAUAAUGAAAUGAAAUGUUUCAACAUUAAAAAAAUACCAUAAACAGUAAUCAGUAAGCCAUAAUAAAUGAAACAAAGUUAAUAUUUGGUGUGAGACGACCCUUUGCUUAGUAGUCUCAGGUACAAUGAGUGCAGUUUUAUAAGGAAAUGAGCUGUAGGUUUCUUUGACUGUCACACUUGCUUCUUAAAUUUGUACCAAAACCCAGUAGCCUUCAUGAUGUUUUCUUUUGUAAUAUGCUGUAAUAUCAAAUACAAACUUUUUGUUUCCUGUAACGUUGAAUUUUGUUCUGGAAAACGAAUGUUUGGAACUCUAAAAUGUUUUUGUACUGACUCAAUAAAGUAAAAGUCAUAAAACAGAAAUCUAUAACAGUUUGUAUUAAAAACAAAAAAAAAAAACAGGGUGCCUAAGACUUUGUACAGUACUGUAGGUGUGUAUGUAUAGAUGGAUGGAUGGACAAAUGGUUAUAAAUUGUGGUCUAUCUCACUGUAUAUAUGGGACAACGAAAACAUUCUGCAUCUGUGUCUUGAUAAGUUUGUCUAUAAAAUGCCUUAAGUAGCCAUCUGGUUGUACAACUGAUGUUAAAAAUGCAUAUGUUUUCUAUUUUAGUGUAUUUUGUGCAAUAAAAACUUACAAGUCA